AUGGAGUCAACCGCCUUGAAUGGAAGAAUGGCCCGAUGGAAAAUUCUGCUUUUCGAAUUCGACAUAAUCUAUGUGAACCAGAAGGCUGUGAAGGGGAGCGCAAUAGCAGAUUUUCUAGCCAGCAGAGCUCUAGAAAACUAUGAGCCCUUGAACUUUGAUUUCCCCAAUGAGGAUCUAAUGUAUGUGGCGAUUGUUGAAGAGGACACGCCCGAAAAUCAUUCUUGGAAAUUGAAUUUCGAUGGGGCAUCAAAUGCCGUUGGUAACGGAGUUGGGGUAGUCUUGAUAUCCCCAAAUGGAGAUCAUUAUCUAUUCACUUGUAAGCUGGAUUUUAACUGCACAAACAAUAUGAUAGAGUACGAAGCAUGUAUCAUGAGAAUUCGAGCAGCCAUAGACCAUAAAAUCAAGGUGCUAGAGGUAUAUGGAGACUCUGUAUUGGUGAUCUAUCAACUUAAAGGGGCAUGGGAGAAGCGAGAUCCCAAGCUGAUCAGUUAUCGAAAGUUAGUUCUGGAGUUAAUUGAGCAGUUUGAUGAUAUCAACUUCUUUUAUCUCCCACGUGAUAAAAAUCAGAUGGCCGAUGCCUUGGCUACAUUAGCUUCUAUGAUCAGAAUAAAUGAAAAAGAAGAUAUAAAGACAAUCCAGAUGAGUAUUUGUGAGUUUCAGGUUCAUUACUGCAAUAUAGAUGAAGAAGAGGAGAGAGAUGAUCAUCCUUGGUAUCAUGACAUUUUAAAAUAUGUAAAGAACCAUGAAUACCCAGAGCAAGCAACUGAAAAUGACAAGAGAACGUUGAAAAGGCUCACCAAUGACUAUGUCUUAAAUGGGGAGAUAUUGUAUAAAAGGAGGAAGGUUCAGGUGUUGUUAAGAUGCGUUGAUGCUGUAGAAGCGAAGAAAAUCCUGGAAGAAGUCCAUGAGUGUGUCUGUGGGACGCAUGCCAAUGGUUUUACAAUGGCCUGA